CCACUGAGCAGUCACGGGCGCUACUCCCCUCAUUUUUGGAAGUGACGGUUUCAUGAGGUCGCGAAUUGUCUUCACCUAAGACUCUAAGAAAAAUUGUUUCUGCUGAAAAAAGACACAGAAUUCGGAAACUCACAUUGCCCAAAGUGAAUUUACAGAAAAAGAGAGUUUGUGGUUCCUUUACAAAUAUAAGUCUCUUAAAGUGUAAUGUUUAAUUUGAUAUAAAAAUUACUGAUCUUAUUAUACUUAGAAAUUGGAUAUAUAGUCUGAUCAAUGGAUUUUGCAUCAGAUUGGUGGAUGUGAUCAGCAUGGACAUAAUUUUCUACAAGAUCCUGAUCUAACAAAGAUCUUGAAGUAGAUUGUGGGUCCAUUGUAUCAGCUAUGACAAGGGAUGUUCGAAGCUUUUCUCGAGUGCGGGAUGAUAAUCCAAGUUUUGUUUUUUUUUUGAGAGGAAUCGUGAGAAGUUGUUGAGUUUUUACUCGCGGAGGCGUUAAUUCCAAGUGCGUGACUGAUAACAUUAGUGAAGGUAUCAUGUGCGGGUGUUCGGAUCUGCGAGUGAAGUCUAGAUUGUUGGGGAGGAUGAAGGAAAGAGGUUUAAACAAACAUUUUUCGAAGACGGUGACUGUCUGUAUUACCAUGUGGAUGUUGCUCCAGGGAGCCAGGUCAACAUCCGCAGCUUUCACGACCGUGUCCACUGUCCCAGAUCCAGAAUUUGUCGACGAGAUCGGGAAUAUAACAGUUCCAGCUGGACGGAGUGUGAAAUUGGGUUGUACCGUCAAAGACUUAGGAACUUAUAAGGUUGCCUGGAUGCUCUUCGAUCAAAGCGCUAUUCUGACGGUACACAAUCACGUCAUUACGAGGAACCCAAGGAUAGCCGUGUCGCACGAUAAGCAUAGGACGUGGUACCUACAUAUCAAUGACGUGCAAGAGGAUGACAAGGGAAAAUACAUGUGCCAGAUUAACACCGUCACUGCUAAGACGCAGUAUGGAUAUUUGCACGUUGUAGUGCCUCCUAAUAUAGAUGACUCUCAAAGUUCGUCCGAUGCGAUCGUGAGGGAAGGCGCCAAUGUGACGCUUACCUGCAAGGCAACCGGAAGUCCGACACCCAGUAUCCGCUGGAAGCGGGACGACGGUUCUAAGAUUUCCAUCAAUAAGAGCUUAUCAGUGUCAGAAUGGGAUGGAAACACUCUAGAAAUGACCCGGAUUUCCAGGCUAGACAUGGGGGCUUAUCUCUGCAUAGCUAGUAAUGGAAUACCGCCAACGGUCAGCAAACAGAUCAAAGUGUCAGUUGACUUUCCUCCAAUGCUAUCCAUACCGCACCAAUUGGUUGGCGUACCCUUAGGAUACUCGGUUACAUUAGAAUGCCACACCGAGGCACAUCCAACUUCCUUAAACUACUGGACCCGUGAAGACGGCCUAAUGAUACACGAGAGCAAGAAGUACAAAGUAACGUCCAUUCCUGAGAAGCCUUCUUAUAAGACGAAUAUGACAUUGACAAUUUAUGAUGUACAGAUACAUAAUUAG